GCCAAACCGGAGCACUAAUUUACGAAUUUUAACAUAUAGCUCUGACACAAAAUGAACGAAAAACAUAUUGUUUUUGUUUUAUGCAUGGCAGCUCUGAAUUUAUUUACAGCAAAACAUGCGCACGAAGUAUACUUACACCCACAAAAUCCGGUGAAGCAUAUUAACGAAAGCGUCGAGUUGAUAUGCACUGUGGCUGGAUGUUCGCAAGAAAUAAAAUUCAUGUGGUCAACGUUAUUAGACAGUUCUACAGGAGGUCAAAGUAAGACUAACCAAACAGUAUCCCGUCUACUGUUCAAGACGUUAUCAAUAGAACACGAAAAAAUAAUUGUUUGCAAAGUUAUUUGUGGAGGAUAUAAAGAAAACAAGACAAAGAUAAGAGUAUAUUCGUUCCCAACUAAUCCUGUGAUUUCACGCAUUCACGAGUUGCAACUGCAGUGUGCAAUACACAAUGUCUAUCCUCCGUCUAAGUUCAAAAUCCAGUGGUUUCGCGGAGAUACACAAAUUUCAGACGAAUAUGACACAUCUUCCAGCGAAGUCGUCGCGCAGGGCAUGCAUUCCAUUUACAAACCUACCGACGAAGACCGCGGCAAGAACAUCACUUGCAAAGUUACUCUGAAUAUGGAAGGAGUACCCGAGGAUCGAACGGUGCGGUCAGUUACAGUCCAAUAUGGUCCAGCAUUCAUCACUAUAUCCAAUCACACCACUGUGAGGCUCGGCGAGCGUCUGGAAUUGAGGUGUGACACUGACAGGGAAUCUAGUAUAAUGUGGACAAAGUUAGGAAAGAGCGGCGCAGUUGCACUUGGCAAGGACAAGGAGCUCGUGUUUGAACACGCUGACUGGAACCACACAGGCGAAUAUGAGUGCGAAGUGAGCACUGCGAUGGGAAGUUGGCGGUCCAAGGUGAACGUGACUGUUCAAGUUUUGCAGGUCCUCCUAGUGUUCACAAGAUCAGACUAAGCCAGACGACUGAACCAAGCGAAGGAGACAAAAUUACCAUAUUCUGAGAUUCGGACAGCAAUCCUUCCGUACAUUUGAUGACUUCUGGAACCUCCUUAAAUUACAGCGAAAGGUCAAGUUCUGAUCGGGCUUAUAUGUGCAUAAAUAUUCCCUCCAUUCAGAUAAAGGAUUCUGAAUUCUACUACUGUGAUGCACGCAAUGAAUCUGGCCGCAAAAGCAGCAGCAUUAAUAUAUUGGUCCACGGUAGGUUAUUUAGAUCAGUGUGCUGGCCUCACUGGACUGUGAUGGUCAAUUUUUAGUCCACCAAGUCCAAUGAGCAUCAGCAAGUCAUCUUGGAAUUUAAAUCAUUAAAUCAUCUGCUGUUUUUAUGAUGGGUGUAAAGACAAGGAGUUCUGAGUCUGAACCCUAGGGGAUUCUGUAUCAGUUCUCUAAUGCAGCUGGUUUCUUCCCUAGAUCGGCGAUCUGUGGUGCCCCACCUGCAGAAUGCCAUCAUUCCUGCUGUGAGCUGCAUGACUCUGCUGGGUGCUGCUGCUGCCUUAAUUCUAUUCCUGAGGAACAUGAAGAAGAACUCGCAAGAUAUUGCCAUCGAUGCAUUAAACACAUAAUCUUCAAGCAAAGGAAUUCUCUCCUUCUCUCCUUGUUAUUAUUACUUUUACUACUCAGUGGUAAUAUUAUUUGUGAUAAUACUACUCAGUGAUAAUAUUAAUAUUAUAAUGAUGCAUAAUAGACCUUCAAUAAAAAUUGGCAGCCCAUAUACCGAAAGACAACAUAUUGAGAUUUCUUUUUCUCAGAAUGUAGGCUAGUGAAAUACAUUUUUAACAGUGAAUACAGUAUGUUACCAUGCGGGGGGAUUCUUUGAUUGACAUAGUGAAGUCUGAAGGACACAGGAAUAGAUUCCUUUCACCGGACCCACUCCACAUACCCUUUUUCAAAUUUCUAUAUCAGAUUUGAUCAGGUAGUUUUUUUCUGUAUUUUUUUGAUGUUACACCAAAAACUUUGUUAUUGUUUUACUCUUUAACUGAUUUAAAUAACAUUUUACUGUUUUAUUGUGGCUUUAAUGCAGCAAUGGGUAAUAAAUAAAACAUAUUCUUAUGAAAAAUGAA